AUGUCGGAACAAGAAUGGAUUGGACCACUGUCGGACUGUGACUUAAUUAAAGAGCAAAGCCAAAAGCUUAACACGACAGUCAACGGUCUGACAGUAGAUUGUGGCUAUUAUAUGGAUUAUCUAAAUACUAUUAAGACUACGGUAUUAGGGUUAAAUACAGAUAACGUCCAGCCAAAUUUAACCACAUUAGAACAAAUUUUUGAAAUUACAGACGAGGCGUUGCAAAGGAAAAAAAUGAUCGAAACACAAAUGCUCCAAGCAAUAACUCUUUCUGCUAAUAUUACAAAAACAGUGAAACACUUGAACGACUUAUUGAAGUCCAAAGACGACUUUUUGGGGGUCCACGACUUCGAGAAGAUUAAAAGUGCGUUAUCAAGAAAUGAAGAAGAACGAGUCAAAGUUGCGUUGGCGGACUAUGACAAACAAAAAGAGGCGAUUGAAGCGGAGUACCAAAGAAAACAAAAAGAAGAGGAAGAAAAAGCGAAUAAUUCUCUUCAAGAAUUGGUGACCAAAUUUACACAAGAAAAAAACAAUUUGAGUCGUGCAAAGGCCACUGAACUCCAAAAACUCGAAGAAUCAAAAAUUCUGCUGUUUUCUCAAAUUGAAGAACAAAAGCGACUGGUCGGCCUUCGAAAAAAAGAAAUUCAAAACGACAUCGACACUAAAAUGAAUUACGUGAAUACACUCGACCCGAGUUCGAUCAUCAUCAAUACCCAUUUGGACGAGUUGUUCCAUCACAAAGAUAUUGCUGAUCUUGCAAACAGUAUUGCUAUGAAGGAAAAGUAUACAUUCACAUUACUGGCAGACACCGGGAGAAGUGUGGACCCAACUCAGAUCUUAGACAUCCCACAGAUCUUAUUAAAAAAGUCGAAUCUUUUAUUUAUCGUCGUCGACACUUCAGGAUCUAUUUUUGGAGGGUUUUUAGGCGUCAAAAUCACCGAUUGGGUAGUCAUGAUCAAUACAAAUAAAGCUUUUCUGUUCACUCUCACUGCAAAAAAGAAGAAACAAAUCGAAAUCUUCAGAACAAAAAAUAACCAAACACAAAAUUUUGUCGCAUUCAAAAAAGAGGGCGGAAUCCUCUUCGCAUUCGGGUACGACUCCUUCUUCCCAAAAACAGACUUGGCCAUCAUGAAACAAAUUGAUGCGUCACGGUCGUUCUCGUGUCAGACGAUGUUCGACUACCACAACAAAAGUAAUGCACUCUGUGGGGAACAAUAUUUUAACUACAAAAGACUUUAUAUUUAUCAAGUCAGUUAA